GGGCGUCAGGCCAGCUGAGCUAUCCCGUCAGACCGCGCCAGUUUGAAUGAAAGCUCCUCAAGAUGGCGGCGGCUGGGGCCGAGGCGCGAGGAGCUUGGUGUGUGCCUUGCCUAGUUUCACUUGAUACUCUUCAGGAAUUAUGUAGAAAAGAAAAACUCACAUGUAAAUCGAUUGGAAUCACCAAAAGGAAUCUAAACAAUUAUGAGGUGGAAUACUUGUGUGACUACAAGGUAGUAAAGGAUAUGGAGUAUUAUCUUGUAAAAUGGAAAGGAUGGCCAGAUUCUACAAAUACUUGGGAACCUUUGCAAAAUCUCAAGUGCCCAUUACUACUUCAACAGUUCUCUAAUGACAAGCAUAAUUAUUUAUCUCAGGUAAACAAAGGCAAAGCGAUAUCUCUAAAAGACAAUAACAAAGCUUUGAAACCUGCCGUUGCCGAAUAUAUUGUAAAGAGCCAAAGGGUAGCUCUGCAGAGAUGGCAAGAUGAACUCAACAGAAGAAAGAAUCAUAAAGGAAUGAUUUUUGUUGAAAAUACUGUUGACUUAGAGGGCCCAUCUUCAGACUUCUACUACAUUAAUGAAUACAAACCAGCUCCUGGAAUCAGCUUAGUCAAUGAAGCUACCUUUGGUUGUUCAUGUACAGACUGCUUCUUUGAGAAAUGUUGUCCUGCUGAAGCUGGAGUUCUUUUGGCUUAUAAUAAAAACCAGCAAAUUAAAAUCCCACCUGGUACCCCCAUUUAUGAAUGCAACUCAAGGUGUCAAUGUGGACCCGAUUGUCCCAAUAGGAUUGUACAAAAAGGCACCCAGUAUUCUCUUCGCAUCUUUCGAACUAGCAAUGGCUGUGGCUGGGGUGUAAAAACCCUUGUGAAGAUUAAAAGAAUGAGUUUUGUCAUGGAAUAUGUUGGAGAGGUAAUCACAAGUGAAGAAGCUGAAAGACGGGGGCAGUUAUAUGACAACAAGGGAAUCACAUAUCUCUUUGAUCUGGAUUAUGAAUCUGAUGAAUUCACAGUGGAUGCAGCCCGAUAUGGAAAUGUCUCUCAUUUUGUGAAUCACAGUUGUGACCAAAAUCUUCAGGUGUUCAGUGUUUUCAUUGACAACCUUGACACCCGUCUUCCCCGAAUAGCAUUAUUUUCCACAAGAACCAUAAAUGCUGGAGAAGAGCUCACCUUUGAUUAUCAAAUGAAAGGUUCUGGAGAUAUAUCUUCAGAUUCUGUUGACCACAGCCCAGCCAAAAAGAGGGUCAGAACUGUGUGCAAGUGUGGAGCUGUGACUUGCAGAGGUUACCUCAACUGAAUUUUCAGGAAAUAGAGCUGAUGAUUGUAGUUUUGUUUUUUUCUAAUGUUAACAUUUCAAAAAAGUAUUUGGGACUCUUCUCAUAUUAUCAAGAUUAUAUGCUAUGUUAAUUUACAGUUCAUAUUUCAAACUAUUGGCCAAAUGUAUUACUGAUGCUUCUGAAGAGAACACAGGGUCACACAGACUAGUUUGAAAUACACAUAUUUAGUAGAUACCAAACAUGAAAACUAUUUACAUAUGAGCAUAUACAUAACAUAAAAAGUCUGUGUGAAUAAAGAAAUGCCUCCUUCAGU